AAGAGCUCUUCCUUCUCUAAGGUUUCACAUCGCUGCUAGGGUUUUAGCGAUCGCCAUUUUCACACACACACACAGAGGGAGAGCGAUACAGAGAAACUAAGACAAGAUGAAGACCAUACUGUCAUCAGAAACCAUGGAUAUCCCCGACGGCGUGAGCAUCAAGGUGAAGGCAAAGCAAAUCGAAGUAGAGGGACCAAGGGGCAAACUUGUCCGAAACUUCAAGCAUCUCAACCUCGAUUUUCAGCUGAUCAAGGACGAGGAAACUGGCAAGAAGAAGCUGAAGAUCGACGCUUGGUUUGGUUCUCGUAAGACUACCGCUGCUAUCCGUACUGCUCUUAGCCAUGUUGAGAAUCUCAUCACUGGUGUUACCAAAGGUUACCGCUACAAGAUGCGUUUCGUGUAUGCUCACUUCCCCAUCAAUGCCUCCAUCACCGGUGGUAACAAGUCCAUUGAGAUCCGUAACUUCCUUGGCGAGAAGAGAGUAAAUUUUUACUUUGUUUUCGUUCAUUCUUCUGAAGCUUUUAUAUGAAUGAAAUUAUAUGCUUUAGUUUGUUUAUAUGAGCGUGACAUAUGUGAUCUGGAUUGUUACCUUUU